AUGGCUGAGAUGCCGGAGAAACCAUCCAAUGACUUCCUAAUGAAGGAGGAGGAAACCCCUACAGGAGACAGCAAUAAUGACCAAAAUAUCCAGGACAGUAUCGACUUGAGAGGACUCCUCCUAUCAUGCUUUGCUCCUAGGUAUGAGCCACCGCCUGAGGCUAUAGCUCGUGGCCUUUUCGAGAUAUUAGGGAAUAUGAGACCGGAGUCGAGUAAUCAGCCCAUCGAUGAACCAGAGGAAUCCAAUGAGAAGUCCUACGCUGUCUUAGAGGCUGCCAGUUUCCAGCCUGCUGAAUGCAGCCAAACAUUCUUACAGAAAAACAAUCAAAAGUCCUACGAUGCCAUACAACCCUCCAUGUCGUUUACUGUUUGUUCUCCAUUCAUCAGUGAGCCUAUUAAUGUUGUUAUUGGUAAUUCCUCUCAAGCCAGUCAUGUGGACAUAGUCCAGAGUGCGGAAAGUGUGGACAAAGUCAAGGAGAGUAAGGACACAGUGAAGAAGAGUGCAGACAAAGCCUGGAAGAGCAAAGCCGACAGGCGUCCUUUACCAUAUCUUCUAUUUAAGCCAGAAAAUUCUGUCUCCUGUCCGUCUUGCGGAGUUUCAGUGGCCUCGAAAGGACACCUGCAGAGGCACCAAUCGGCCCAUGGUGCCGACAAACACUUCAAAUGUGUCCACUGUACCUGUUCUUUUACACGGAGGGAGAAGCUGAGCAAGCAUGUCGGGUGUGCUCAUCCAUCCAGCAACUCCUGA